CAGAGAGAUUAGGCCACACAGCCAUAUGCUUUUAUUAAUGAAAUCAAUUCGAGUUUGUAUAAUCUAUAUGUUGGUCGAUAAACAAGACGAAUGCAAUUCAUAUUCAGAUUUAGAUGUCAUGCAAACAACCUUAUCCAAUUCGAUUUCUAUUGGAUUCAAUUUAUAAAUUUAGGGUUUCAAAUUUAAUCAAUACAAACCGCCGGUUUAAUCAAUAUGAAAUCAAGGUUUCAAGGCCUUUAGAAUUUAAAUUCGAGAUUAGAUUAUUCAACCAAUCUAUCAAUCCUAAAACCUCAGAUCAUCAAUCAUUCAAACGAGAUCAAUUAAAAUUGGAUUCAAACUAUAGGUUUUAGGGUUUCGAUUCUAGAAUUAGGGUUUCUUAAAUUCAGAUCAGGAACAAUCAAUAAAAAUAAUCAACAAGUUCUAAGGAAUCGAUUUUUCUGUCUAGGUAUGAGAUUACCGAUUUAGGUUAUAUUGAUUUUAGGGUUUUGAUCAAGAACAUGGGAUUCCAUAAUGAUAGAUUAGGGGUUUUAGGUUCUGAUCAUUAUGUUUUCAGAUUUAGUCUUUAUACCUUUGUUUUGUAGGGUUGAAUCGGACCUCCUAAGAUCUGAGACGAGCUGAGACGGAUGGACGCAGGACGGCUCCUGUCGGGUCGCAGGCCGAGAGCGAUCGCGAGCUGAUGCUGUCACGGGUGUGUUUGCGUCUAAUCGGGAUCGUGAUCUGAGAUGGAUGCAAGCUGAGCUGAUAGGCCGAGGACGUUGGACACGAACAGGGAACGUCUAGGAGCUGAGCUUGAUCGGAGUUGAGACGAGACGGAGGUCGUCUAGGAUCGUCGCCGCCGGCUUAGGUUUUUAGGGUUUGGGAGUUUCGAUUUUGUCUCAGGGUUUUUGGAGUCUAUCGUGCUGAUAAAAUGUUGUAAAAGAAUAGGAAAUUCUUCUGUAUAUUAUUAAUGAAUCAAAAGGUUCCUUAUAUAGGGAUUACAAAGAAUAGAUAAAAGGAACGUAUUCAAAACCUAAUACAACUGGAAAUAGGAAAACUACUAAAACAGAGAAAAAGAAACUGGUAAGUCUUGGCCGAAUAGGAAGUUCUGGCCGCCUCUCCUUCUGCGUGUGGGCCUUGCCAUGGCCGAUAGGCUUUUUCUCUUUUGGUCUGGACCAUCCACAAAAAAAUUUUUUGGGAGAACAAAAAAUUCUAUAUUGAGAGUCAUAGUUUUUUUUUUUUUUUUUUUGGAGUUGAAGAUGUUUGAAUAUAACAAAGAAGAUGAGACAAAGCUAAGCUAAGUAUGAGAGACAACACAACCAAAUGUGUUUUCAUGUUCAAAUCACAAAACUUUUGAAUCGGCGGAGCUUUUCUUGCCGACCUAGUUUUGUUCAAGAACAAACUUCUUCUCCGCUGUAUGAUUCUGGGAGUUUAUAUGGCAAAUAUUUCAUCACUAAUAGCGUCUAUAGCCUCUUGCGUCUCGAUUUUCAAAUGCCGUGCGCUUCACUGUAGGGUAGUGAAGACUAUGAGUUACCGCCAUGGGUUCAUUGGAGACCAGCUUGUCGGAUGUUACUUGAGACUGGGUCAUGAAGUUUGCGCAGAGAAGCUGUUCGAUGAAAUGCCUGAGAGAGAUUUAGUCUCUUGGAACUCUUUGAUAUCCGGGUAUUCAGGGAGAGGUUAUCUGGGUAAAUGUUUGAAGGGUUUAUCUAAGAUGAUGAGAUCUGAGGUGGUUUUAGGGUUUAGACCUAAUGAAGUGACGUUUUUGUCGAUUAUUUCGGCUUGUGUUCAUGGAAAGAGUAGAGAAGAAGGACGUUGCGUUCAUGGGCUUGUGAUGAAAUAUGGUGUGCUUGAGGAGGUGAAAGUUGUGAAUGCUCUUAUCAACUGGUAUGGAAAGGCUGGAGAUUUGAGUUCAUCUUGUAAAUUGUUUGAGGAUUUGAGUGUAAAGAAUGUGGUUUCUUGGAAUACAAUGAUUGUGGUUUACUUGCAAAACGGUUUAGCUGAAGAAGGUCUGGGUUGCUUCAACGUUAGCAGAGCGGUUGGGAAUAAGGCUGAUCACGCUGCUUUUCUUGCUGUUCUCCGUGUCUGUGAAGCUAUCGGGGCAGUGAAAGUAGCGCAAGGGAUUCACGGGAUGAUCUUGUGUUGUGGGUUUAAUGCAAACAUGUGUAUAACGACUGCGUUAUUAGACUUGUAUGCAAAACUAGGGAGGUUGGAGGAUUCGUCUAAGGUGUUUCUUGAGAUUAUUUCUCCAGAUAGUGUGGCGUGGACUGCAAUGCUUGCUGCUUAUGCCACUCAUGGUUAUGGAAGAGACGCUAUCAGGCACUUUGAGCUCAUGGUUGAUCACUAUGGUAUUAGUCCUGAUCAUGUAACCUUCACCCACUUGUUGAGUGCUUGUAGUCACUCGGGUCUUGUCGACGAAGGGAAGCAUUAUUUCGAAACAAUGCUGGAAAGAUACAGAGUUGAGCCGAGGUUAGAUCACUACUCAUGUAUGGUUGAUCUGAUGGGUCGAUCCGGGUUUCUUCAGGAAGCUUAUGGAUUGAUCAAAGAGAUGCCAAUGGAGCCAAGUUCUGGUGUUUGGGGAGCUUUGCUUGGUGCUUGUAGGGUUUAUGGAGAUACCAAACUCGGUAAAGAAGCUGCAGAGAGAUUGUUUGAGUUAGAGCCUUGUGAUGGUAGAAACUACAUAAUGCUAGCAAAUAUCUAUUCAGCUUCUGGUCAAUGGAAAGAUGCUUCAAGAGUAAGGAAUCUGAUGAAACAGAAAGGUCUUGUAAGAGCUUCAGGGUGUAGCUACAUUGAACAUGGUAAUAAGAUUCAUAAGUUUGUUGUUGGAGAUUGGUCUCACCCUGAAUCAGAGAAGAUACAGAAGAAGCUGAAAGAGAUUAGAAAGAAGAUGAAGAAGGAAUUAGGAUAUAAAUCAAGAACAGAGUUUGUGUUACAUGAUGUUGAUGAAGAUGUGAAAGAGGAAAUGAUUAAUCAACAUAGCGAGAAGAUUGCAAUGGCGUUUGGGCUUCUGGUGAUUAGUCCAAUGGAGCCAAUAAUCAUAAGGAAAAAUCUUAGAAUAUGUGGAGAUUGUCAUGAAACAGCAAAAGCAAUAUCUUUGAUGGAGGAAAGGAGACUCAUUAUUAGAGAUUCAAAGAGGUUUCAUCAUUUCUCAGAAGGCUCUUGCUCUUGCAGAGAUUACUGGUAGUAUCUCAAUUCACACCCUCUUGAAUGUUUAGUUAUACUGUUUUAACUGUAUAUAUGAAGAGCAUACACACAAAGAAAAAAUAAAGUGUGUAAAUCAAAUAUUGAAUGACAUAGUAACAAUGAACCAUUCUGAGCUUUUGACACGAAGAAA